AUGACUACACUCACUAGUUCUCAUCAACGUCAAGAAGUCUCCAACGAUGUUCCGCUCGGAUCAUUGCCUCCAAGAAAACGGGCCAAGACCGAGGAGGAGAAGGAGCAACGUCGAGUUGAGAGAAUUUUAAGAAACAGAAGAGCUGCUCACGCGUCCAGGGAAAAGAAGAGACGCCAUGUUGAGUAUCUCGAAAAUUACGUGAAGGAUUUGGAGUCGUGUCUUGCGAUCCACGAGGAAAAUCAGGACAAGACGGCCCAGAUCAUUUCGGGUCUGACUUCUCUUUUAUCGGAAAACAGUAUUGACUUCUCGUCUGUGGAUACUUCGCUUGAGCCUUGUGGCAAAGUGGAAAGACCGGACGGGUUGGAGUUGACGGGAUUGAUUCCAACAAAGAAGCAAAAGACAUCAUACGCGAAAACUUCCAAGAAACUGAAAUCGGCGAUCCCAUCGCCAAGUUUCGACGAGGAUCUGUUGUCUUCGGAGGAAGACGACAACAACGACAUUGAAAUGAGUGUCGAGGAUAACGAGGACACCCUACAAGUCCCAGAAACGGAACCGGUUUCGGAACCGGCUUCUUUUACCACUACCAACAGCCAAAAAAGAAAGGCGCAAGAUGCAUACAUCUCGCCGCCCGGCUCAACUUCCCCAUCCAAGUUGAAGCUCGAAGAAGAUGAAGGGAUCGCAAAACAGGAGUACAGCAACCUGUUCGACGACACCGAGGACAUUUUUUCCGGAGACAAGUCGUCGAGCCUGGAGCUGUACAAACAGGAUCUCAAGGCUACAUCGUACAUCAAACAAGAGGAAGAUGAGAUGUUGCCGUUCAUCAAGCGGGAGGACGACCUCAAGUUCCCCGAAUCGGGCUUCAGCUCCGACGAUUGCCAUCUUAUACAAGUGGAAGACCUCUGUUCUUUUAAUAGCGUGCAUCAUCCAGCAGUGAUGAUCUCCAAUAUCAGUUAA